CGUCAGCAGGCCACACAGCAGCAGGACACGUCAGUGCAUGGUGCUCACCCGCUCAAAGACAAGCGGCAUGGAGCAGCAGCCAGGCGAGACUACCGAGGCCUAUGAGGCCCGCAUGCUGGACAUGGUAGCAGAGUACAAGCAACGGGCCGCUGCGGCAACAUCCGCACGUAAGGAGGAAGAUGAGGAAGCAGAGGAACAGCGUCGCCUCGCUGAACAGCAGCGACAGGCAGACGCUGAGGCAGCAGCAACGGCCGCAGACGAACGCCGUCGACUACGCCGAGACAAACUCCUCGGAUGCGAGGGGGAUAUCGAGGUGAUCGCCAGCGAAUGGGCAGUGGCUGCUGAAGAGGAGGGUUCCCCCUCUGCUGUGCGUGGCCUUCCAACCACAAUCGAACAUGUGAUCGACUUGGUCGCCACCUGUGCAGCACAGCAAGAGGACUUCCUCUGCAUGGACACCCUGGUCCGGAAGCAGAUUUGUGUGAUUGACGAACUGCUUGACCAGGUACGCUGGCUGGAACAGCAGCUUGCAACAGCCACCCCCGCCGGACCCUCCAACUUGGCGGAUCGCAUCAACGUCUUGGAGAUCGACGUCGAGACUCUCAAGGACGGCGCUUUAACGACAAGUCAGCAAAUUGACCAGCAGAUUUGCGUUGCCGCAGCCAGUCCAACCGCUUCCAAUCGCGAGAGCAUUCCGAAGUUUGACGGCCUCCCGAUCUUCUGCGAUGCAACGAAGACGGACCCGAUCCCAUGGUGGCGUCAGUUUGAGCUGAAGUUGGACAUUCACCACGUCAUCAAUCUGAACCGGCACUCGUACUUAUACUCCCGCUCGGGAGGCGCGUGCCAGGCAUGGCUGGACAACAUGUUGUCCACGCACAACGUAGCAGUCUCCGAGCUGCAUACGAAGAUCAGUUGGGCUGAUCUCAAGGCAGCACGGCAUAAGCGGUUCCAAAUGGAGCCCGCCCGAGCUUCAGUCAGCCGAGAAACUUCAACGCUCGUUCCUUCGCUGGGUUCUCAAGCUCAAGGACAAGAUGUGUGUGCGGCUUCUUCUCCGUCCGGCAACAGCAACAAUAGAUCGUCUUCAAGUGGCUCUUCAAGGGAUUCGACGCACRAGUUCAACAUAGAGGUCUUGGACCCGUUGACGUCCGAGGACUUUGCAUGGCUUCCUCUCCCUUCCACAGGCUGCUUGUCGGGACCGCAAUGCGCAGCACUAUGCGCCCAUCUCCACACAUACUUAGCCUUCUAUGCACCACCAUCUUCGCCGACGGAUGACGAAGCUACGGUGGGGGACAUCCUUGCGUAUGUUACCAAGGUGGCCCGCGAGUUUCGCAUGCAGCGGUACGAUGAUAACAACGCACCGCUCCUCUACGUCCGCAUCCAAGUUGGGCAAGCGUCCUGCAACACUUUGCUGGAUAGUGGCGCGACUCGCAAUUUCAUCAGCCAGUCCUUCAUCCAAAGGGCCGGCCUUGGCGCUCAAGUUCGAAGGAAGCCAAACCCGACAGCGAUCAAGUUGGCGGACGGUCGGACACAACAACUCCUCGAUCGCUACAUUGAAGCCGUGCCGGUUUAUUUCGCACCUCAUGCAUGCGAACCGGUGACGUUUGACGUCUUAGACACGGACUUCGACAUUAUUAUGGGGAUGCCUUGGCUUGCAAGUGCGGAUCACACGGUUAACUUCCAUCAGCGGACACUUACCGUUCGCGACGCCUUCGACGCCGAGGUGCCGUGUACCAUUCCUCUUCCGCACUCCUCGAUCCGGUGCCCAGUUGUAACGGCCAAGUCUUUUCGGGCCACUUGCGCUUACGAGAGGACCGACGAGAUAGGCCUAUGUUUUCUACGAGCCGCCUCGACAACCGAAUCUUCACCAACGGACUUGUCUUUGGACCCCCAAGUGGUGCGGCUGCUCGAGGAGUUCACCGACAUCUUCGAGUCUCCUACCGGUGUGGUGCCGGAUCGGUCGAUCUCCCACGAGAUCAUUCUCGGGGCCGGUGUCGUGCCGCCGAAAGGAUGCAUCUAUCGCAUGAGCGAGGAAGAGCUCGAGGUUCUCUGCGCUCAACUCGACGAUCUUUUGGACAAGGGCUGGAUCCGCCCUAGCAGCUCACCAUAUGGUGCGCCAGUUCUCUUCGUACGGAAGAAGAACAAGGAUCUUCGCUUGUGCAUCGACUACCGCAAGCUCAACGCACAAACCGUCAAGAAUGCGGGACCUCUUCCGCGAAUUGACGACCUUCUCGAGCGUUUGGGCGGCGCAAAAUUUUUCUCAAAGUUGGACUUGAAGUCGGGCUACCAUCAAAUCUCGAUACGCCCGCAAGAUUGCUACAAAUCCGCGUUCAAGACGCGUGCAGAACUGUCGGCGCUGCCGCUUGAGGAGCUGGCACCGGUUCCUGCGCUCGUCACAGUUCCACUUGCUCUCGUCAUGAGGACUCCCAAACUGACACCACCUCCUAUGUAUUCUAGGGAAGACCCCAAGGUGGAUGUCUCAGAUUGGGUUACCGCCAUGCAGGCAUACCUGGGCAGCUUUGUAUGUCCAGAGGUGACAAAGUUAGGGACUAUUAUGGGUUGUCUGGAGAGGACUGCACUGAAACGGUGCACAUCCUCUGCAGCGAAACAGAAUUUGCCCAUGGACAAAUGGGCACAGCAGCUGAAGGUGGAGAAGUUGCUGCAGGCCCUGCGACACCGGUUUGCUAACAGGGAGCAGGCCGGAAAAGCAGCAGAUAAGAUAAUGUUGUUGGGCUCGCGCAGAUUCGAGGGUUACCUGUCCAAGCUCUACAGUAUGUUUGAGAGCUUGACUACUCCCGGUCUGGAGAUGAGUGAGUCUGACCAGCUCACUCACUUCCUGCACGCAGCGCCUCCAGAUUACUCCAUUGCUCUUUACUCUCAGGGCCACAAGGACUGGAGGUCCUUUGGCAAAGCGGCCCUGGACCUGGAGUCUCGGCUCAAGGUUCAGGAACCUUCAGAAGGAAGGAGGAGACCCUCUUCCAGGGGACAGCGCAGGAAGGGUGCUCUAUUGGCUGCUGAUGCAGGUUCUGAUUCUGAUGCAUCUUAGCGUGGCAGUCCUCCAUCUGAGACUGCAUCCGGAUCAGCAGUUGAGCCAGU